AUGCAAGCUAUUCACACUACUGGAAAAUUGAAAUCCAACUUUAAUGCCUUUAUCCUUGCUGCUACAACUUUGGUCCUGUUUUCAACUAUUAAAGUAUUUGUCCCUGGAAAACCUGCUGUUGACUACCAAGGAGCAAGAGAAGCAAAACCAAUCACAGAAUUUGCACUCAAACAACUGAAGACACUCCUUAAAGACAGAUUAAGUGGAAAAACUACAAUUACUGAAUCAAGUGUACAGAAAAGAAAAGAGAGGUACAUAACAGAAGCAUAUAGAGAUGUGCAUCAAAAAAGUGUACAGGCCAUGAAAGCACAAACGGGCGAUCUUGGACAGAGCUUAGGAAUGACCCAAGCCUUCGGUCGACGACGCCUCCGCCUCUGGCCAACGACGCCUCCGCCUCCGGUUGACGACGCCUCCACCUUCGGUCUCCAGUCGACGAGACUGACGAAGUCUCCUACUCCGGCCUACAGCCGCUUCUACCUCCUUCUUUCACGUUGUUUACAAAAAGAAAAACCAGAAAAAGAAGUGUUGAUAAACCCAAAACGAAAUAUCUUGAAGAAAGAUAAAAGACCUCUCAUUGAACCAUUACCAAUGUUGACCCAAGCUGCUCCUAUUCUUCAUGACCAGGAAAAAGAGAAAGAAAACGUGAAUGUUGAAGAAGCUAAAGAGCAUAAGAAGAAAGCAAAGAAAAAGCAAGAGUAUGAGAAAAAUCUUCCUAGAAAGAAAAGAAGGAAACUGGAAGCAUCUAAAGAGAUGAUGGGGGAUGAAGCAGAAAAUAGGGUACAAAAGGAAAAGUUAUACAAAACGAUGCAAGAACACAUGAUGCCAAAGAAACUGUUUAAGAGCCACAACAUUCCGGAGUCGUUUCCUAUUGUGUCUGAACCCGGGAUCUUCAACACUGCGAGUGUUGAAACAGUGAUUAGCUCAGUGGCCAUUAUGGAGAUGUUGAAAAAAGAACAACUUGAUAUUAGUUGUAUUCUCUGGUAUCAAAUAAUGGAUAACAAAUGUGGUUUUAUAAACCCACAAUGUAUCAUGUCUACGAGAUGUGAAUGUGAUGAUAGGGGUGAAACAGAUCAUGUCAUCAAUGAUCUUGUUGAUGUGAUGAAUUUUCAUGAGGAAAAACAAUUUUUUCUUGCACCAUAUUGGGAAAGGAGACAUUGGAUGUUGAUAGUGAUUUGUCCUCAUCAAUAUAAAAGCUACAUUUUGGAUUCUGCCAGAGGGACAAAGACAUUGAAAGACUACACAAUAGUUGAACAUGGCUGUUACAAGGUUUAA